AUUGUGAAAUAAAUACACACACAUAUAUAGAAGCAGAAAUCCAUCGUCGUCAGAGAUUGAAACAGAAACCUUUGUAGGAGUGUGCUUAAAGUUCUGGACAAAAUAGUUGUUGGCUGCCUCGUCAACAUCCAAAAUGUCCGAUAAUGAUCAAGGGCCGCCUGAUUCCGAUUUGGGUCCACCAAAAGCUGAUUUUAGUGCACCACCGCCAUAUGAAUUGACCAAUAGUCAUGGGAAUCUGCAACAGCAACAACAAGCUGUAAUGAAUCAACAAAACCUACAACAGCCCACAAUACCCGAAAUACCCAUACAUCAUGGUAAACUACCAACUUACGAAGAAGUUCAAAUGGAGAAAUCUCUAAACGGUGAGCUACCACCAGGAUUUCUGACAACACACACAUUACAACCACCGCCGUCAUUAGCACCACCACCAAAUCCCCUAUUGGCCAAUAUAAGGGAUCCAAAUGGCACUGCGGGCGCUCCAGGAUCCGGUCUCACUUUUAUUGCUAUAGAUGCAUCGGAGGCGGAAAACCUAACGAAUGCAACUGACAACAAUUUACUGGGCACUGAUAUCAUUUUCAUCACAGCCUUUAUUGUGGCAUUUGUCUUUAAUUGGGUUGGUUUUCUUAUGUUGACCUGUUUUUGUCAUACAAUUGCUGCUCGAUAUGGAGCUCUAUCAGGAUUUGGCUUAUCGUUGGCGAAAUGGACUUUAAUUGUUAAACACUCAACCGAUUUGGCAUCACAUGAAAACUCUUGGCUGUGGUGGUUAAUAAUGGCAUUUGGGUUUUUGAUUUGCAUACGUGCUUUAAUACAAUACGUUAGUAUUAAACGUACUUGGCGUCUCUUAUCGCCAAGUUCCCAAGAACGAUUAUUGUUCUUUUAUUGAAAUAUAUGAAAUGUGAAAGGAGUAAUCCGAGGUGUAGCUGUAGUGCGAGUAGAAAAUAAUGCUUAGUCUAAGAGUAAGAAUGUUUUAUAAAUAAAAGGAAAAAACAAAACGAACACACAAAAAAUGUCAAAGAAGAGUAAGAUGAAAGAAAAAUGCUAAAUAAGAAUUGAUUUGUGUCCUUAAAACUUUGAAAUACCUUUACAAAUUUUGUGAAAAUUGUUCAAUAAGUAAUUGAUGGCAGGAGUAUUGUUAUUGAAAAAUACUUCAAGAUGAUACACAAAUGUGGAACCAGGACUCUAUGUGAGCUAUAUAUAACUUAUUCGUCGAGUGAAUAUAUAGGUAAGGUUAAGUUGAAGAGAGGGUGCAGAUAUUAAUCUGCCCCAUGCAUCUAUAGACAUACAUCUAAGCCAGUUAUCGGCUUGUUGAGCGCUCUUAAAACUACAAAUUAACCUCUAAAAAGAAAUGUUUACGUUAGGAUUUCCCUGCUACUUACAGAUUCCCACCUAAGUGCAGGUAUCUGUUAGUGAGUUAAUAUUUAGUUUGAAAAUUUUUUAAUGCUGCACACCAUGGACUUUUUCAAAAACAUAAAAAAAGCUAAAAACCCAGACGUAUGGUAAUCAAAUAAAAUACUAUGAAAUUGAUCCAAGGAGUAUUAUAGGUCUUUCUCGCCAAUUUUAAUAAAAAUCCUUGCUAGGCGUUGACAUUAGACUUUCUUUGUAUGCUUAUACAUACAUUCAUUCCAGAUGCUGGUCAUCGAUUUAAAGCUUGAUCGUUAAGAUUUG